AUGACACAGGUAGCCAAAGAUGCGGCAAAGUUUCUGAAGAGCACUCUCCGGCUUCCCUCCGCGACUUUCCCACCGCGAGCUCCUCCUGCAGACAUCGCAAAAUACCUACCACGAUGUACAGAUGACCUUUAUGCCUGGCAGCGCCAGCAUAGGCCUGUCGAGGAUACUUUUACGCUCCAUGAUGGUCCGCCGUACGCAAAUGGCGAUCUCCAUGUUGGACAUGCCCUGAACAAAAUCUUGAAGGACAUCCUCUGCCGGACCGCGCUCGCACAAGGCAAACGAGUAGACUAUGUUCCAGGAUGGGAUUGUCAUGGUCUCCCGAUCGAACUAAAAGCUCUCGAGCAUCAUGGUUGGCAACGCGGACAGAACGAAGACCCAGUCGCCGUCAGAAAAGCUGCUCGCAAUUUUGCUUCCAAUACCGUUAGAAAGCAAAUGAAGGGCUUCAAGUCCUGGGGCAUCAUGGCAGAUUGGGAAAAUCACUGGAAAACCAUGGAUAAGAACUUUGAAAUCCGACAGCUUGAGAUUUUCCAGGCCAUGGCAGAGCAUGAUCUGAUCUACCGCCGCCACAAACCUGUCUUCUGGUCCCCAUCAUCGGGUACUGCAUUAGCGGAAGCUGAGCUUGAGUACAAAGACGACCAUAUCUCAACUGCGGCAUACGUCAAGUUUCCGUUGACGGGGCUUUCUCACGCCGUUGGCCCAGUCUACGCUUUAAUUUGGACCACCACUCCCUGGACUCUGCCUGCGAAUCAAGCUAUUGCUGUGCAUUCCGGGCUCGAAUAUGUGCUGGUUCAGUCUGCGUUCCAUGGCAACCUUGUCAUCGCUAGAUCUAGACUUGUUGCCGUCGAAGAGGUCAUGGGCGAGAAGCUGCGGAUCGUACGAGAUAUCCACCCCACGGAGCUUUUGCAGUGUGUCUAUGAUGGCCCAUCGGAGUUCAAACCAUUCUCUUCCGAUCGGCCACUCAUACAUGCUGACUUUGUUUCAGCGGAAAGCGGCACUGGACUUGUGCACUGCGCACCCGGUCAUGGUAUGGAGGACUAUCUGGCCCUCUCCCGUCAUAUAGCUGAUGGCCGCGUCACUGUGCGAGCUCCAGUCGACAACACUGGCCGAUUCGAUGCUUCUGCUUCUCCUGACGAUCCUGGGCUGCUGAAUGGUUUAGAGGUUUUCAAGGACGGCAAUCAGGCGGUCCUCCAGCUGUUGCAAGGGGCGAAUCUACUGGUCAAUAGCGCCAAGUACAAGCACAAGUAUCCUAUUGACUGGCGUACGAAAGAGCCCGUCAUGAUCCGAGCAACGGCGCAGUGGUUUGCUGAUGUCUCAUCUAUUCGUGACGACACCCUGAAAGCUCUCGACCUGGUGCGGUUCGUUCCUCAGACUGGCAAAUCCCGUCUUCGCAGCUUUGUGGAGAAUCGUAGUGAGUGGUGCAUCUCGCGGCAGCGAUCAUGGGGAGUACCAAUUCCGGCAAUCUAUCAUCGUGACUCAGGUGAAGCUGUGUUGACGCCCAAGAGUGUGCGGCACAUCAUCGAUGUCAUUCAGCAACGUGGAAUCGAUGCCUGGUGGUCAGAUUCUGCGGAUGAGCCUGCGUGGAUUGUGCCUGGCCUUAACCCAUCGGAGUUCCAGCGCGGAACCGAUACUAUGGAUGUUUGGUUCGAUAGCGGCACCAGCUGGACUGCAAUGAGCACUGCCGCACCCCAAGAGAAGCCUCUGGCAGAUGUGUAUCUGGAAGGCUCUGAUCAACACCGCGGAUGGUUUCAAUCUAGUCUUCUGACUCAUGUUGCUUUUCAGAAAUCGACCGGGAAAAGUGCAGUUCUUCCACCGUUCCAGAGCCUCCUGACCCACGGCUUCACCUUGGAUGCCCAAGGCAAGAAGAUGUCCAAGUCGCUCGGCAACGUGGUCGGUCCAGACCAGAUCGUUGCAGGGUUGGAGCCGACAGCGAGGGUGCAGCAAGUACAGUCCUCCAAGAAGCAUAGAGAACGGCAUUCUCUGGGACCUGAUGCUCUGCGUCUGUGGGUUGCUGGUACUGAUUUCACCAAGGAUGUUGUCAUCAGCGAGACAGUCGUCAAGACUACGCACACUACGCUGGACAAAUACCGCGUCACGAUGAAGGUGCUACUGGGCAUGCUCCAAGAUUUCGAUCCGGCGACUGCUGUGGCUUAUGAGAAGCUCAGCAAGCUUGAUCAGAUGGCCCUACUUCAACUAUCAGUGGUCACGAAAGGGGUGCAAAGUGCGUGUUCUGAGCAUGAAUUUCAUCGGGCAGUCCUCGCCAUCAGCCGGUGGGUGGCUGUCGAUCUGUCGGGCUUCUAUCUCGAAGGUAUUAAAGAUAUCAUUUAUUGCGACUCACCGAAGCAUGAGCGUCGAUUGAGCGCCAGCACAACGCUGUAUCAUAUCUUCAGAGGUAUGCAGGACAUGUUGGCGCCGAUUCUACCGCUGCUCGUUGAGGAGUCAUUCGAGCACAGUCCGGCAGCCUUCAAGACUCUUGAGCACCCACUUAGACGCGUUCAGCAGGCACCACCUAGCCAGUGGCAUGAUACCGACCUGCAGCAAUUACUGCCGACAGUUAUGUCAGUCAACAGUGCAGUGAAAGCUGCACAAGAAGCCGCGAGAGCCGAGAAGCUGCUGGGCCAGUCGCUGGCAUCGGAUGUAACGCUGUUCAUCGCACCAGAGUUGGGGGGCACGAGCAUUCAUUCACUGCCUCGGGAGACUUGGCAAGAAAUUCUCGUAGUUUCCGAUGUCAAAAUCGUGAGUGAUGACAACUUCGGCGCUCACGCUAUGGAGAAGGGCAGAGAUGCAUCCCAUACAUGGAUCAAAUCGAGCGACAUUGUGGCGGCCGAUGGCACCAAGAUUGGGGUUGCUGUCGUGACCAACCCGGCCAGGGGAAAGUGCGCACGCUGCUGGAGAUACAUGGCAGCAACCCCACAGAACGAGGAGCUGCCACUCUGCAAGCGAUGCGAUGAGGUGGUGCAGGAAUUCCAGCACUAA